AUGUUUCCAGGUGGGUCUUGUCCAACUGUUUCAAUUGGCGGUUUAACAUUGGAUGGUGGUAUCGGGUUUUUAUCAAGAAAGUAUGGAUUAACCUGUGAUCUACUGUGUGAAUUAGAAAUUGUAUUAGCAGAUGGCUCUACGGUCACAGCGAGCAAUAACAACGAAUAUAACGAUCUUUUCUGGGCCUGUAAAGGUGCUGCAAGGUUAUUGUAUGGCGGUGCAAUGAGCAGGAUGCGUCUUUGUGAUACAGCAUUUUAUCACCAGCAAGCGCUCUUCAGCGGGCAAUUUCUGGUUCGAUGGCAUAGGCAUGAGGGCGAGGGCCCGUGCACAAGUUGGAUUACAAACUUUUAUGAUGAAAUGAGACCCUACGUGGGUCCGUAUGCAUACGCUAAUUAUGGUGAUGGUGAUUUAGACGAUUACGGAGUUGCCUAUUAG